GCUGCUGGAGUGCGGCGCCGCCGUGCAGCACCCGGGAGCCGGCUGGCUGGCUGGCAGGCAGACGGGCGGACAGACGAGCGAAGGGGUGGCAGGGACAAGAGCGGCGGCCACGGGGCGCAGGGCAGGCGUCUGCAGGGCUGCACCUUCCCAAGGCCAGCCUUCGCCGAGCCCGGGACUGGGUUCGAGCGGCGGCGAGGCGGCAGCCCCGCGCACACCAAAGAGGAGGUGGCCGUGCAGGCAGCGGCGGCCCUAACCAUGCUGUGCUAUGUGACGAGGCCGGACGCGGUGCUGAUGGAGGUGGAGGUGGAGGCGAAAGCCAAUGGCGAGGACUGCCUCAACCAGGUGUGUAGGCGAUUGGGAAUCAUUGAAGUUGAUUAUUUUGGACUGCAGUUUACGGGUAACAAAGGUGAAAGUUUAUGGCUGAAUCUGAGAAACCGGAUCUCCCAGCAGAUGGAUGGGCUGGCACCUUACCGGCUUAAACUGAGAGUCAAGUUCUUUGUGGAGCCUCAUCUCAUUUUACAGGAGCAGACAAGGCAUAUCUUUUUCUUGCACAUCAGGGAGUCCCUUUUGGCAGGCCACCUCCAGUGCUCCCCAGAGCAGGCAGUGGAGCUCAGUGCCCUUCUGGCCCAGACCAAGUUUGGGGACUACAAUCAGAACACUGCCAAGUACAACUAUGAGGAGCUGUGUGCAAAGGAACUCUCCAGCACCACCUUGAACAGCAUCAUUGCAAAGCAUAAGGAGUUGGAGGGGACCAGCCAGGCUUCAGCUGAGUACCAAGUUCUGCAGCUCGUGUCAGCAAUGGAAAACUAUGGCAUAGAAUGGCAUGCUGUGAGGGACAGUGAAGGGCAGAGACUCCUCAUUGGGGUUGGACCUGAAGGAAUCUCAAUUUGUAAAGAUGACUUUACCCCACUCAAUAGGAUAGCUUAUCCUGUGGUGCAGAUGGCCACCCAGUCAGGAAAGAAUGUGUACUUGACCAUCACCAAGGAGUCUGGGAACAGCAUUGUGCUCCUGUUUAAAAUGAUUAGCACCAGAGCAGCCAGUGGGCUCUAUCGAGCAAUCACCGAAACGCACGCUUUCUACAGGUGUGACACAGUGACCAGUGCUGUCAUGAUGCAGUAUAGUCGUGACUUAAAGGGUCACUUGGCAUCUCUGUUUCUGAAUGAAAACAUUAACCUUGGCAAGAAGUAUGUCUUUGAUAUUAAAAGAACAUCAAAGGAGGUGUAUGACCAUGCUAGGAGAGCGCUCUACAAUGCUGGUGUUGUGGACCUCGUUUCAAGAAGUGACCAGAGCCCUCCCAACUCUCCUCUGAAGUCCUCAGAAAGCAGCAUGAACUGCAGCAGCUGUGAGGGCCUCAGCUGCCAGCAGACCAGGGCACUGCAGGAGAAGCUACGUAAGCUGAAGGAAGCCAUGCUGUGUAUGGUGUGCUGCGAGGAGGAGAUCAACUCCACCUUCUGCCCUUGUGGCCACACUGUGUGCUGUGAGAGCUGCGCUGCCCAGCUGCAGUUGUGUCCAGUCUGCCGAUCUCGUGUUGAACACGUCCAGCACGUCUAUCUGCCAACCCACACCAGUCUUCUCAAUCUAACUGUAAUCUAAUCUGUCCUGCAUUUAUUGGACAUGCCAUGUUUCCACGAACUGCACUAUUGUAAACUAUAAGAAUAAUAAUUUUGUGGAGAAUAUCUCACUCCCAACAUCCAUCUGCCAUGCAACAUUAAAAAAAAAAAAACAAAGAAGAACAAGAACACAGCUAAUCCUCACUGCAAAAACACAUCCAUGCAUAGAACCAACAACCCCUGGGGACCAGGAAAAGCUCUGGGAUAUGGACACAUUCCUUGGACUUUGGUUUUUUUUUAAUGAUCAAGUAAAGGAAUAGGUAAAAUCUUUGUCAGUUAAGUGGCAACGCAGCCAGAAAGUGGGUACUUUUAGGAAAUGAUGUCGUUUUAGUUCCCUUAAUAUAUCUGAAGUACAUUUUCUACCUGCAGCAGAUCCUGUAGGAAUUUACUUGGUUCUUUUGGGAUGGUCAUGGAGUGCAAACAUCUUUAAUAGGAAAAUUUUUCUUAAAUAUUCAUUGUUAAACUCUCAUUUCUGUUUCUCUGACUUGUUCAAGAAUAAUUGGAAAGCAUGCAGAUUUAAAAAUCAAUUCUGUGACUUUUAAAAGGUUAACAGCACUGUUAGAUUUAAACCAGCUGGCGAGGAGAAAGCAGGUAACUCAGCGGGGGUGGGUUUUCCCUUCCUCUUCCCCUGGUCCUGGGCUCCAUACCUUUGGAUUAUAAAAUGCUACCAGUUUGGUUAAAAGAUUUCUGUGGAGUAGUCAAGCACUCCUUGGUCUUUUGAGCUGGUGGGUGUUUUAGAUUAUAAGGGGAGAGCAUUUUCAUGGGAAGGGAAAGCCCAGCUUGUUGAGAUAUGGAGCCGCCUGGUGCACACAGGACAAUCCACUUCUCCCACACACUGACUCCAGCUUCACUCUUGGGUGUUACUUUGCUUGAAUGAUCAAAUCUUUUACAGCCUUAUCACAGGUUUCUAGAUAUUAUCUCCUUUUUGUGUGUUUUUUGUUUUGUUUUUUAAGUAAAUGCUUAAAUAUUUUUUUGGUUGCCCCCUCUGUGUCUGUCAGAGGGGCUUUGGUUCUGUUUGUCUCUAUAUUCUUAAACAUGUUUUCCACUCCCACUUGGGCAUUUUGGAAACUGGUCAGCUAGUGGGUUUUCUAGGAUGUCGGGAAACCUAGAUGACCUUCUCGGGUGCAAUACUAGCUAAGCUAAAGCUAGGAACCUACACUGUCACUUUACUGAGAUUUCUGAUGUACUUUUCAUAUUGCCUUAAUGCAGCAGUAUGUGUUUAUGCAUUUGUUUCUUUGCACAGACGUUUUGUCAAAUAUUAAAAAACUCUACUUUUUUAUGGCACAUAUUAGCAUAUAAGCCUUUAUUCCAAGAGGUAUUUAUUUUUUCACUUGUAAAAAAAUAAUGUUUCCACAUAAAAAAAAAAAACUCUGCUAUAUCCUAGAGGACUUCUGUCUUUUAUAUUCAGGAUAAUAAAGACUU